AUGUCGCGUAUCUAUCAUCACCCAACGCAACGAGAAGUUGAGCUUCCGGCUGUUGACCUCUUGACAUUACUAUUCAACUCUGAACAUAGCUUGGCACAAGACGAUACUGUUCUGCAUCAAGAAGCGGCCAAUCCGUCCAACACUGUCAACAAGCGUCAACAACGAGAUUUGGUCGUUCGGAUCGCUUAUGGUCUACGACACAACUACGGCAUUGGAGCCGACGGACCAAACAAAGAUGUCGUUACCGUGAUCACCUAUGGUCAGAUCAUCGUUCCAGCCGUCUUUCUUGGUGUCAUCGCUGCUGGAGGUGUCUACUCAGCAGCCAGUCCGUCGUCGACCGUUGUGGAACUGGCCCGUCAGAUCUCCAUCGGCAACAGUAAUCUGCUGAUCUGUGGUGCUGAGCACAAAGAUGUUUCCGUCGCUGCUGCGGAAGAGUGUAAGCUGCCUGCAAGCAGCGUGCUACUGCUUGAGAGCUCGCCAAGCUGGAGCUUGAAGUGUCUAGAUAGAAGCAUCGAUUGCAUUUCGUCUCAGCGGCUCGCAUGGCAACAGAUCACCGAACGUCAAGCUCUCAAAGACAGCUUGAUCACGAUCCUCUGGUCCUCUGGAACGACUGGUCUACCCAAAGGAGUAAUGCUGUCUCAUCAGAACCUGGUGGCAGAGACAUACAUCACCGCCCUUUCUGGUCGUCAGUGGGCUGCGAAGGAAAUUGAAAAGGGCAACGAGCUUCCCGUAGUAGAGUAUCGCACAUUGGCUCAUCUACCAAUAAGUCACAUCGCUGGUCUAUUUGGUUACCUCAUCGCACCUAUGUACAACGGCGGCUGUGCAGUCUGGAUGCGCAAGUACAGCUGGGGCGACUUGCUCCAAUACCUCAAGCAAUAUCCCAUCACAGCCUUUUAUACUGUUCCUUCGAUCUACCUACGGAUAUCAAAGUCAGCAGAGAUCACGGACCACUUCAAGCAUGUCGUUGGCGCAUCUACGGGCGCAGCACCUAUGGACGGCGAGCUGAUGAAGUCUGCUAAUUCGAAACUUGGCGAUGGCAAACAAGCACUUAUCGGUCAGACCUGGGGUUUGUCAGAGACUACUGGGGCUAUUACAGCGAUGCCGAAGGGUGAGACAGACGAGACGGGGAGCGUCAGCCCCAUCUUGCCUUCAGUUGAGCUACGUAUGGUGGAUGAGGACUUUCGUGAUGUUGAGCCUGAUCAAGAGGGCGAGCUGAUAGUCAGGAGCCCGUUGGUGACGAAUGGGUACUACAACAAUCCUCAGGCAACCAAGGAUGCGUUUCAUGAUGGUUGGUUCUGUACUGGUGAUAUUGGUCGGCUGCGGAACGGGAAGUUUUACAUUGUUGAUCGCAAGAAGGUGAGAAGUCUUCUGAUUGGCAGAAUGACUAGGCUGACCACAGGACAGGAGCUGUUGAAGUACAAAGGGCUGCAGGUGGCGCCAGCUGAAAUCGAGAAUGUGCUCUUCACGCACCCAAACAUCAAAGAAGCAGCCGUCGUUGGCAUACCGGCGCCGAACGAUCCAGGUACAGAUUGGCCAAGAGCAUACGUUGUACCUCAGGAUCGAGAUGUAUUGUCCGAAGAUGAUGUGAAGAAAUGGGUGCUUGAUCGGCUAGCGCCAUACAAGCAACUUCGAGGUGGCGUCGCAUUCGUCGACGAGAUACCCAAGAAUGCUAUCGGGAAGUUUUUGCGACGUGAGCUAAGAGAGAGGUCGAAGAAAGAGGUUUUGAGCAGUAAAGCAAAGCUAUAG